CCCCAGUUACAAAAGUUAUAAAAAUAUAAUUAUUUUAUUUGUUGAAUCUCUAAAUGUAGUUAUUUUAUGGUCAAAGUUUCAGCCAAUAAGAAGAAAGUUUAAUGUUGUGUUCGACCAAUGAUGUAUCUCAAUGGUGGUUGGCGCACUGCUUACUUCCGGGUUUCUCUCACGCACGUGAGAGAUCGCUGGUUAGUCUGCACGUGAGUCAGAUAGAGAGCAGAUGUACAUAGAGAACUCUGGAGAAAUCGGGGGUAUAAAUUGCUUUAAUACUGAGUUUUACUCAAUAUUGGGAAAAAUAGAGAUAAAAUCUCUUCAGAGAAACUGUUGAAACAAUUUGAAACGGACUUUAUCAUUGGUUUUGGUCAGGUUUUUUUUUGUUGUUGUUGUGUUUGUUUGUUUUGAAGUUUAUAUGAUUGUUGCCUACGGACGUCUCCAUCCUGCGCUGUGAAUGCUGCGUAUGGGGUGCUGUUUUGCACACGAGGCUAAGUUGCUACGGUAACGACCGAACUUUCUGGAAUCGUUUCUAAUUCUUCCGAUAGUGGGCGGAGUUGGGACUGGCGAGCCACGAGGAGUUUUCAUCGAGUCUUAAUUGCGUGAGAUUUAACCCUUUUAUUGCCAAACGGACAGUAGGCAAGUGAAACACACACAGUUACAUUUUUUCCCUAUUUUUCUUGUGGAGUAAUUUCAUCUAAAAGGAAAGACUGAGAUACAAAACAAUCCAUUUAUGUGAAAAGGAUCAUAAAGACUGAUAAAAAGAUCUAAAGAUUUACUGUUUUGUUAAAGACUGAUUAACUGUUCUGGUAAAGACUGAUUUACUGAUUUAAUUGAGCUUACAUAUAAUGUGAUUUACAUUUUGAAUGUGCAUGGGAGUUACAGUGAAUUUAUUGUUUUGUUUUGGGUUAUAUGUUCAAUUUCAAGUCUAAGGUUUUGAAAUACAUCUGGAAAGGGAAUUAAUCAUUAUAAGCACAUUGAUAAGUGUUAAUGUGAAUUGAUUUAAUUGUGCAUUAAGCACUUUAUUUCAUUUUUUUUUCUUUAUUACUGUGAUUUGGGUUAUUUAAAAUUCACAGAGUAAAUGAAUGUAAACAGAAAAGUAAAUUAAGAAAGGGAAACAUAAAAGUAAGAAGAAAAUAGUGUAUGUGGUGAUACAUUUGUAACACUGAAAAGAGAAAACACUUACCUUAAGUUGUCCUGUAAGAUCCUGGAACUGAGGUGAUCUGAAAAAGAGAGAAGAGGAAGUUUGUUAUUCUUUCUUUGAACAAUAUUGCAACAAACCAAUUAUUCUGUUUAUUUUUGUUUGUUUGUUAUUUUUUAUAUUUUUUUGUGUAAUGGAAUUUGGAUACAUUACUAAAAUCUGAGAAUAUAAUACAUUUAUCUAUCUUCAGUUGAACUUAAGUGUGUGAGUGAUUCAUUGUUGUUGGAAGCUCCUGGGCUCAGUAGUCGAAUCUGAUCUUCUGAAAGAGCUGGUCCAUAGCUCAGACCUGUUGUGUCUGUAGGAACUAGAAGAGGGGUUACAAAAACUUGGCGAGAGCCAGCCAGGAGCCUUUGGAUGCUUAUCAACAACAGUGACAUCUCUGAAACUAGUGUUUUGUAGUGCAGUGAUCACCAUUAUGGAUAUUGUGAAAAGAGAAAACGUGAAUGUUAACAAUGCCGUCCUGGUGAGUGGUAUAACAUUGUCAGAAAGUGAUGAUGAUUUAGAGCAGUGGCUAUUGCGUUAUGGUAGCAUAAAACGUACCUUGCUCAUAGAUAGCCCAACUUCUGAGUUUCAUCGACAUGCUAUCAUUGAGUUCCAAUACAGCUCAGCUAUGGACGAGCUGCAAACCUUGUUGCCUUUACGAAUCGUCGGUGCUUCUAAAGCAGACGUCACUUUCAAUGUGCAAGCCUUGAGCAGUGUUUAUCCACAAGUGGCUGGAAGUGAUGUCACUAAAGAGUGUAUGGAUGAACUUCAAGAAAUUGCCAAAGCUAGUGGGAGAUCUUUUCAUGAUGUGAUUCAAGAGUUAAGAAAGCUAGGUAGCGCUUGUAAUGAACCAUCAUCUAGACCAAGUGAAAGUAAUGUGCACCGUAUUGUGGCAGAUUCUCAACCUCAUAGGUCAUUACCAAAAAUCCAACAAGCAGUCGAACAUACUGCAACUACACCAUUGAUUGAUAGGGCCUCUGUGUCCAGUGUUGAACAAAGUAAAUAUCAAAACCUGACCAAGACCAAUGACCAAGCGGGUGCUGUGCCAGUGCAUACUACCCUGCCAGUUGAUGUAAUGGGUCCACCUGGUAUUCAGCGUGUAGUAGUUGAACAUAUUGUGCGGGCUACUGAUACUGUUUCCAAUCAGUACGUUCCAAUGCGUUUGAGGUCAUUUUCAGGAAAAAGUCCUCGACCAGCUAACGAACCUGACUUUGAAACCUGGAGAGCGAGUGUUGAUUUUUUACUUGAUGACCCAUCCAUUUCUGACUUGUCUCGCACUCGAAAAAUACUUGACAGCCUUUUGCCGCCAGCAGCAGAUGUUGUGAAACAUAUCGGGUCUCAUGCGUCUCCGUUGAUGUAUCUAGGACUUUUAGAGUCCGUUUAUGGGUCAGUUGAAGACGGUGAUGAGCUCCUUGCGAGGUAUAUGACUCUGUUGCAAAACCAAGGUGAAAAGCCCUCUAGUUACCUGCAUAGACUGCAAGUCAUGCUGAGCGCAACAGUGCGGAGAGGAGGUAUUUCAGAGGCUGAGCGUAACCACUACUUACUGCGACAAUUCUGUCGUGGGUGUUGGGACAGCAAUUUACUAGUAAGUUUGAAUCUCGAAAAAAGAAAGAACGAACCGCCUUACUUUGCUGAGUUGGUAGUGGCUGUUAGGACCGAGGAGGACAAGCAAGCCUCAAAAGAGGAACGCAUGCGAAGCCAUUUGGGAAUGACAAAACCUGGCUUACACUCAUUUAAGCCACGUGCUACAGUGCACCAGCUGUCGUCUAAUGCUACUGAGGUAGGCGCUGGAGCAGCUGCUGAUGUUGAUCCGGUGAAAAAGCAAAUAUCGGAAAUACAUGCUCAGUUAGUGCCUUUGAAGUCUCGAGUCCAUAAGCAGGGUCAAACUGAUUCUCAGGAAACAGCAGGGAUUUCUAUGCUAAGAGAAGAAAUAAAUGAGUUGCGAGCACAGGUAAAAGCUAUAGGCUCAGCUAUGACUAAAAAGAACACUCACCUUGACUCAGAUGUUUCAGAACUUGCAGACCUAAGGAAGCAGGUUGCUGAGCUAAAAGCUCAAUUAGCUGUAACUGGACCACAGAAAAAUCAAACCCAAAAGCUGUUAGGUUCACAUGGAAACUUUGAAAAGCCACAGCCUAAGCAGACUGAGUUAAACAAACGUGGACAGUCUAACUUGAGUGAUGUAGUCUCUGCUCGACCCCGUCCCGGGUACUGCUUUAAUUGUGGUGAGGAUGGGCACAUAGUUGCUCAUUGCAAAAAUGAUCCAAACCCUCUUGAAGUUGAUAGAAAGCGUCGUUUGCUGAGGGAGAAACAAGCUCAUUGGGAUUCACUGAAUCAUGUUGUGCCUCAGCAGUUAAACUCCAAACCGACUCUGUACUAGGGCAUACAGAG